UCAAAUAAUUUAACACAUGUGCGAUGUGUUUAUCUUCAAUUUAUUCCUGAAAAUAAAUUAAAAUGCCGCAAAAUAAACUAUUUGAUGAGGAUUCUGAAGAUGAAAAUGUUACUUUUGAUGCUAAAGGAGAGUACGCUAAACGAUACGACGCCUGGCGACAGAAGGAGGAGUUGCACAAAUUGGAACAAAAGUAUGGUGACAAGGCUUUAAACUCAGACGGGGAGGUUUCAUCCGACAGUGAGGAUGAGGAGCCCCAGGAGAUGUCUCCGGAGAUGGAGGAGCAGUUCCUGAAGACCCUGGCGCUACUGAAGACCAAGGACCCCAGGAUCUACGACCCACAGUUCAAGUUCUUUGAGGAGGCAGAGGAGAAUAGGAAGCUGGAGGAAGCAAAGGCUGAAAAUAAGUCAAAACCUAAGAAAGAGGUGAACAGUCUGGCAGCUGCAUUUGCUGACAGUGAUGAUGAUGAUGAUGAGAACAAUGAUGGAGGAAUCUUCAAAGUCGAGAAGAAGGCACCACCGACACAGAGAGAGGGUAAAAAGGAAGAUAAGAUCCGAGCAUACCUGAAGGGAGAAGCAGAGGUGGUGGACUCGAAGGUAGAAGCAGAGCUAGCACCGCUGCGGGCACUGUGGGCGGACCCUGCACUCAAUGAAGGGGAAAAGUUCUUGAGAGACUACAUAUUGAAUAAAAGAUACGAGGGAGAUAACUCCUCGGCUGUCGGCGAGGCGGCGGGCAAGCUGCGCGAUGAUGCAGAUCUGGAGGCCGACGAGGAGAUCGUGGAGGAGCAGGGACGCUUCGAGAGGGCCUACAACUUCCGGUUCGAGGAGCCUGAUCAGGACUAUCUGAAACGCUACCCCCGUACCAUGAACUACAUCCGUCCGAAAGACGACAAGCGAUCCAAGAAGCGAGUUGAAGUGAAGACGAGGAAGGAAGAGGAAAAGGCGAGGAAGAUGGAGGAAAUUGCGAGAAUGAAGGCGCUGAAACUGAAGGAGAUACAGGAAAAGAUCGCGAGAAUUAAGGAGGUCACUGGGAACGAUGAACUGGCUUUUAAGGACUCGGACAUCGAGGGCGACUUCGACCCCGAGGCGCACGACCGCCGCAUGCGCGCGCUGUUCGACGAGCAGUACUACGGACACGCGGACGAGGAGAAGCCCACGUUCCCUGAUCUGGACGAGGAGCUCGAGAUAGAGAACUGGGACGAGUACGAGCCGGAGCACGAGGCUGUGACGCAAGCCGAGGAGGCGCCGCACUGCGAGGAUGAGGACUUCAAUAUGGACGCAGACUACGACCCCAAAAAGAACCGAACCACCCUCCUCGAAGAAAUACAAGAGACCCUCGGCAAGAAGCGACGCAACCGCAAGAAGAAGACCAAGCUCGCCGCGCUGCUCGAGGCAGCCACUGACAAGCCCAAGUUCGUGCCGUCAGCCGCUGACAAGACCUAUGCGGAGUACAUGGAGGAGUAUUAUAAGAUGGACUGUGAGGAUGUCAUAGCAGGGGAGUUGCCCACCAGGUUCAAGUACAGGGAGGUGGUGCCGAAUGACUUCGGGCUUAGUAUUGAGGAGAUCCUGUUAGCAGACGACAAGGAGCUGAACCGCUGGGCGUCGCUGAAGAAGACCGUCAAGUACCGCCCCGAGAACGUGGAGAAGAGCGAGGUGAAGACGUACAGCCAGCGCGCCGCUGACCCCAAGCUGAAGAGGACGUUGCUGCCUAGCUUGUUCAAGGAUCUGCCUGAAGAACCAGAAGUGGUAGUGCCAGUUGUAAUCAACAAAAAGAAAAACAAAGCCAACGUCAAUACUGAUGAUCAAACAAAUGCCGAAGAGAAUGUUGCAAAUGGUGAUGACACUAUGGAAGAAAGUAAAGAACUCAAUGAGAGUAUAAAAUCCGACGUAGUUGGUAAGAAAAAGAAAAAGAAGAAGAACAAAAAGAAUGCAAAUAACAGUAAUGCAACUAAUACUAGUCAAGUUAAUGAAGUGCCUGUACAUACUAGCAAUGGUAAAAAUGAAUCAUUACCAACAGAGUCACUAAACAAUGAUAGUAAACUGAACGAAAGUGCCGAAGGAAAGAAGAAACGUAGAAAGAAAAAGAAGAAGCCUAACCAAACCAAUUUAGUUGAAAAGUCUCUAAAUAGUGGCUCAAGUCAAAAUGAAAAUAAACGACCUCCUAAACCACAGUUUGAGAAAGAUAAAGCUAAGCAAAAUCAAAAUGUUAAAACUCCGAGCAAGCCAAGUGAAAACAACAAAAACAAACUAAAUGGUAAUGUUAAACCUGCAAAUGCACUAACUACCAACAAAGUCAGCCAGCCUCCUAACCAAGGCAAAGCUAACAGUUUGAAAAGAAAAUUAGACUCCAAUCAGUCUGAAAACGAAACAAAACCAGCAAAACAGAAAAAGACAAAUAAACAAAACCAAGUGGCCCAACAAAAUGGUGGAGCUAACAAGAAUAACAAACAUAAAAUGAAAAAUAAGGCGAUCAACAAAAACAAAGGAAAAUCUGACAAACAGGACAAUCCUUUGAGUAAACUGUCAGAUGAGAGGUUAAAGGCGUACGGAUUGAAUCCGAAGAAAUACCGCAGUUUCUUGAAGUACAAGAAAUUUUAGAGAAUUAUAUUAUUAAUAUAUGUAAAUAUUACAAUGUAUGAAAUUAU